AUUUUUCUCACGCACAGAUGAUCUCCGGCGUCAAAGCAACAGCUAACACAACCUGAGCCGGCUGACGAAGAGACGUAUCCAGAGGCGCUAGCCCCCAAGGCUCGACUGUUCACAGAUAUGGAAAUGCAAUCAAACCAACCACCUGGGUACCAUGGAGUACAGGAACCAUAUGGAUAUCCACAGUAUCCCCCAGGACCAGGUUUUCCAGGUGCUCCCGGACAGCCACCUCCUGUUGCCCAGAGUUUUCCAGGAACUUGUAGUGCUCUUCCAGUUCAAGGUCAGCCUAAUGCACCAGUUGGUGCGAUGUGGAUGCCAGCACCAGCUGUCCCUCUCAACUGCCCUCCUGGACUGGAAUAUUUAAGCCAGAUUGAUCAGAUAUUAGUUCAUCAGCAGAUUGAGCUUCUGGAAAUAAUAACUGGCAUUGAAACCUGCAACAAAUAUGAACUAAAAAAUGCUUUGGAGCAAAGGAUCUACUUUGCUGUUGAGGAGAAUGAUUGCUGCACACUGAACUGUUGUGGGCCAUCACGGCCUUUUACAAUGAAAAUCAUUGACAACUUGGGUCAACCAGUCAUAGAGCUCAUAAGACCUCUCAGAUGCUCCAGUUGCUGCUGCCCUUGCUGCUUGCAAGAGAUUGAAGUUCACGCGCCCCCAGGUACUCCUGUUGGAUAUAUUAAACAGAACUGGGACCUCUGCCUUCCUAAAUUUUCUAUCCAAAAUGAAGCCCAGCAGGACAUGCUUAAAAUUGUUGGACCCUGUAUACCAUGCAGGUGUUGUGCGGAUGUUAACUUUGAGGUGAUGUCAAACAAUGAAAAAAAUGUGGUUGGAAGGAUUUCAAAGCAGUGGACUGGCUUUAUGAGGGAAGCCUUUACAGAUGCUGACAACUUUGGGAUCCAGUUCCCAGUGGACCUCGAUGUCAAAAUGAAAGCUGUCAUGAUUGGCGCUUGCUUCCUCAUAGAUUUCAUGUUUUUUGAACACUCAAAGUAA